GGGGAGGGAACUGUAUGGAUGGAGCGGAGCAGAGAAAGAGGGAAAAGGAAGGAGACAAAAGUAAAAUUAAUGGUAAAUUUCGAUGGUUAUAUAGAGUUUGCCCCAAACAUUUGUGUACUUCAAUUGACUUCAGGCUUGAGUUCGGAUAGGUAAAAACAAUCCAAGCUCAGGCUCCAAGUAAAGCAGGCUCGACUCAAAGACGGAUGGUAUAAAAAAUAAGAAUCGACUGUGGCAGAUUGGGGGUGUGCCCAAGAUCCAUAUUUCAUUUCGGAGCUCUACCGAUUCCCUACCCGUCAUCGCUCUCGGGCUUCUUCCCUCCAUCGUGGAAGCCAUUCCCAGCAUAGGCAGAUAAAGAGAAACAGAGAGAAGUGGGAGAGAUAGAGGGAUGUCUCUGACGAGUGUGAAUAUGACAGAGGAAGUGUGGCUGACUUGCCUUACCCAUGCAUUGUCCUCAGAGACCGAAGAAAUCAUGGGCCUUCUUCUAGGAGACAUUCAGCAAUCCAAUAGUGGGAGUGUGACGGCACUUAUAUGGGGAGCAUUGCCACAACCACGUUCUGAUCGCCGGAAGGAUCGGGUAGAGACUAACCCUGAGCAGUUGACUGCUGCAUCUGUACAAGCUGAGAGAAUGACUGUGGAAACAGGAAAAACAACAAGAGUGAUUGGCUGGUACCACUCACAUCCUCACAUUACAGUCCUUCCUUCUCAUGUUGAUGUCCGCACUCAAGCAAUGUACCAACUUCUGGAUUCUGGAUUUAUUGGAUUGAUAUUUUCGUGUUUUAGUGAAGAUGCACAGAAGGUCGGAAGAAUUCAGGUUAUUGCAUUUCAGUCCAUGGUUGGAAAGCAAAGUCAUGUUUUAAAACCAGUUCCUCUUGCCCCUGUACAUAAAAGUUCCAUAAUCGAUCUUGAAUCAUCACUAAGUUCUUCAGAGACAUCAGCAAGAACUUCUAUUAGAGGAGAGAAUCUUGAGCAAGACACAGGUGAUUCAAGGGCAAUUACUUUACCUUCUAAGGCAUUGUUAAAAACCUCAGACUUGGGGGGUUUCUUUGCCAAUAUUGAUGCCAAGACAGGAGAAAACUUUCAUAUUAGCCCUCCCACUGAUGCAACUAGUGAGAUAGAUCACAUGGAUAUGUCGGAAAGUAUGCAAGAAGCAAUGCACCUGUCAAAUAUGGAGAUGAGUGGUGCAGAGUUUGUCAGGAAGGAAAUCCCUCUUCUUGUUUUGCCAUCACCAUCACUUCUUAAUAUUGACACACCUUUGAGUUCUUUCACCAAUCUGCAACAUGUACUAUAUGAAGAGGAACGAAGUGCAUAUAAUCAUGCAGUUACACAAAACUUGAGGGAUGGGAAAGUGCAUCCUCUAACUUAUAUCCACCAUACUUCCACAUAUCAGGCUUCCAUGUGCAAAUUGAUAGAAUAUUGCUUAAGCCCCGCCAUUAGUGCACUCCAGGAUCGGUUGAGAGAAAAUGAAAUUCAGCUAAAUAUGUUAGAUGAUGAAGCCAAGGUGCUGGAGUCAGAGACUAAAAGAGCAGAAGAGCCAUCAGAUUCACCUCGUAGGGGAGGUAGCCCUUUGUCAGGCCACAAGGAUUUGUACCCUCCUCCUGCUGAUUUAAGCAACACCCGAACUAGUUCCGGGAACAGGGGCAGAAAAGGAUCUUGAUCAUGCUCAAAGAUUAGUCUCUAAGUGAAAAUAUAUCGAUAGUCCCCUUAGAUCAUCUUGUAGUGCUUCCCUUGGAUUGUAAUUUUUGGAUAAAAUGAUAAAAUUGCAUUUUUUGAAGGAAAAAACUUAUUAAGGCAUUCUUUAUUUGGCUAUUGUUUUAGCUUUUUUUAAUAUUAAUCC